AUGGCCGAGGAAGGAUCUGGUCUGGACGUGUCGGCGCGCGACCUGCGCUUGGAGCAAGCUUUCUACGGCCCAAUCAUCCACUCAGUCACACCCACCGAGGUUCAGAUAUGCCACAAGGGCCUGCUGCUGGUCGGGCCCGACGGCAAGAUUGCGCUAUUCCGCGAGAGCGUUGAGAAGGCCCAAGUCGCAGCGCUCAUCGCCGAGUACGGCACGGGCGCCGGGUCGCUGCGCAUUCGCUACCUGGAGCGCGGCCAGUUCUUGAUCCCUGGAUUCGUCGACACGCACAACCACGCCCCUCAGUGGGCGCAACGUGGUACAGGCCGCGGUCUGCUGCUGCUCGACUGGCUCAACGAGAUCACCUUUCCGCAUGAGGCCAAGUUCGCCGACCCGGCAUAUGCCCGCAAGACCUACUCGUCCUGCGUCGACGGCUUCUUGCGCCAGGGCAUCACGACAGCCUCGUAUUACGGCAGCCUGCACGGUGAGGCAACCAAGAUUCUGGCUGACCUGUGCCUGGAGAAGGGCCAGCGCGCUCUUAUCGGAAAAUGCAACAUGAACCAGAACGCGCCCGCCGAGUGCUGCGAUGCCAGCGCCAAGGAAUCGCUGGAAGUCACCAAGGACUUCAUCGCUCACGUCGAUAAGAUUGAUCCGGAGCACAAGGUUGUCACGCCUACGCUGGCACCGCGCUUCGCCAUCUCAUGCGACCGAGAACUUCUCACUGGCCUCGGCGAGAUCGCCAAGGCCAACCCCAACCUUCCCAUCCAGACGCACUUCAACGAAGCCGAGGAUGAGAUCCAGUUCACCAAGACGCUGUUCCACGAGUUCAGCAACGAGGCAGACUUGUAUGCGAACUACGGCUUGCUCAACUCUCGCUCCAUUCUCGCGCACUGCAUCUUCCUCGAAGACUACGAGGUUGACAAAAUCGCCGAGCUGGGAUGCGGCAUUGCCCACUGUCCCAUCUCGAACACAACCAUUGGCGGCUUCAUGGCGGCACCGAUCCGCCAGUACCUGCGCCGUGAAAUCAACGUCGGCCUGGGCACCGAUAGCGGCGGCGGCUUCUCGUCGUCCAUCCUCGACGCCAUGCGCCAGGCCUUUAUCGUGUCAAAGGCGCGAGAGGUCGCUACCGAGGGCGCUGAUCCGGCACUCAGCCUCAGUGAAACCUUCUACCUGGCCACUCUGGGCGGUGCUAAGGUCUGCGGCCUCGGAGACAAGAUUGGAAAUUUCGCAGAGGGAAAGGAGUUUGACGCCCUCGAGAUCCACACAUUGGGCGCGAAUGCGGGCAUCAUCACGCCCAUUGAGGACGAGGACGACAUGCCGACCGUGUUCGAGAAGUUCCUUAUGACAGGAGACGACAGGAACAUUGCAAAGGUGUAUGUUAGGGGAAGGUCCGUCAAGGCAUGA